AUAUCAAUUCUCAAAUAAACUCUUUUUUUUUUUUUUUUCUUUCUCCAAACCCACCCCCCAACAUAAAUAAUUACAUUAAAAACCACCCAAAAAUGAAAACUUUCAGAAAGACCCCAUUAAUCACAUAGCUUCAAAUUAUGUAAUUAUCACCAAUUCUUUCUCAUGGGUCCCUCCCUCCCUCCUCCUCCUCCUCCUCCUUCAUAGUUCCUCAUUUUCUCUCUUAGCUUAAAAGCAAAAUCCAUACUCUCAUUCGCAAUCCACAACAUGAAAAAACUAGACAUUUUUUGCAAAUCUAGAGCUUCCACGGCUGUUCGUUCAAGUUUCGCCCGACGUCCACUCACCGGAGAUGCUCAUUCCGGCGAUCGGAGAAAAGGGCAGCUUCAUUUUGAGAAUCAUAGAAAGAGUACGAGCUGUUCCACUCUGAAUCGAAAGGAACUUAAUGAUUUACGAAGAAAAAGCUGUGCGGAUGUUGAUGAUUUGAAGAGCCCUGUUUCCGGUUCCUCUGCUCGCUAUCUUUUGGGUGAUUCGCCGUUCCUUGAUUGGUUCCCAGCGGUCUCCGGCGAGGAGGUUCCGGCACUGAUGCCGGAGAAGAGGAAGAUAAUAAGCGACAAUUCACAGAAAUCUUUUUUGUUGAAUCGUUCUUUGACUGUUCGUGAAUAUGGUGGCCUCAAAUCUCCUUCCUCUGUUCUUGAAUCCCCUGUUUUGAAAACACCUUCUUUAACUCAAUCUCGUGAUCAGGUGGUGGUUUUGAAGGUUUCAUUGAACUGCAGAGGCUGUGAAAAGAAGGUGAAAAAGCAUAUUUCAAAGAUGGAAGGAGUGACCUCAUAUAGUGUGGAUUUCACAACAAAAAAAGUGACCAUAAUUGGGGAUAUAACCCCUUUUGAUGUGUUGGCCAGUGUGUCAAAAGUGAAGUCAGCUCAGUUUUGGCCAUCACCAAAUUCAUCUUCAUCUUCUACUCCACAAUCUUCUUCAUCAUCAUCAACAUUUUGAUUACUGGAAAAGCAAAGCAUAUAUUUUGCUACAAAAAUCCCAUUUGGGAUUUGCUUGUAUUAAGCAGAAAAGCUGUGGAGAUGUAAAUCUUGCUGUUCUUGUGAGGAAGUUGUCUUAGUAAUAGUACUUUUAAUUUGCAUAUCCUAUAUAUUAUAGAUUCAGUGUUGAAUGGGAUGGUUUGUUCUUAUAAGUUGAAUAGUUACUGAGGUUGUUAGAAUCUGCAUUCAAAGGGAUUGUUGUUGGUAAUAAUUCUGGAUGAAGAUGAUUAUGUUUUUUGAGGAAAGGAUUGUAGUGGAAGAGAACAUGGAGUAUGAAAGAUGGAAGAAAAAACAUCAUUGAAGCUUUACAAACAGUGAGAAAAAUGAAUGCAUGCGGAAGGAAAUGGUGGGUGGGCACUCAAACUAACACAUUUCUCCUUUUUUGCUGUCUCCUGGAUUGUCUUUGCCCACUUAACUAACAACAUUCACACUCUCUGCUUCCAAACGUCCACGGAAAUUUGUCAAAAGUAACAUGGUUGAA